GGGAGGCGGGGAGGGAGGAGUCACUCUGGAGCAGGGACCGCCCCAAAGGAGGCGGUGUGGGCCUUGUGGAGCCUCCCAAGAUGGCUAGGCAUGUUUUCCUCACGGGGCCGCCAGGCAUUGGGAAAACAACAUUGAUCCAGAAAGCCACUGAAAUUUUAAAAUCCUCCGGUCUCCCUAUUGAUGGAUUUUACACAGAGGAAGUAAGAGAAGGUGGCCGGAGAAUAGGCUUUGAUGUUGUCACUCUGAGUGGAAAAAGAGGAAUUCUCUCUAGAGUUGGCUGUGAUCUCUCAACAGCAAGGCGUGAAUAUCGUGUUGGGCAAUAUGUAGUGGACCUGGCAUCCUUUGAACAGUUGGCUCUUCCUUUGUUGAGAAAUGCUGAUCUUGGCAGUAGUGCAGUGAAAAGGGUCUGUGUAAUUGACGAGAUUGGUAAAAUGGAGCUCUUCAGCCAGUCAUUUAUUCAAGCUGUCCGUCAAAUGCUGAGUGGAUCAGGAAUUGUGAUGCUUGGAACCAUCCCAGUGCCUAAAGGAAAGCUCCUGGGGAUUGUGGAGGAGAUUAGGACUAACAAGGAGGUGAAGGUCUUCACUAUUACAAAGGAGAACAGAGACAACAUUUUGGAAGAUAUUGUGACUGCUGUGCAGAAGUGCCUGAAAUGAGUCUGCAGACUCUAGCAUAAUCCCUUGUGCAAGUGGAUCUUACUGUUCGUCUGAAAGACUGUGUUGAGAUGCAGUGUCUUCCAGUGCCAUGUCUUCUUGACUGGCUCGUCUACAUUCCACCAUGUGACUCAUCAGAAAAGCAUGUGUCAUUCCUAGAUCCUUUCGCUGUCUGGAUUCGGUAGCAUCAGUUGCUUCAUAAUCCUCAGACAUUUGCUUUCAAAAGAGAAGCAGACAUCAUGCCAUCAGUGACUGAAAGGCACACCUUUAGGAAGGUAUCUCAAAAGAGGACUUCAUCAAUCAGAUAUGCUGUUGUUUUUUUUUAACAUUUCUCUUACCUGUGUGGUUUCCUGCACAGUACGGCUUGCUGCUCUAGCAGAUGGUCCCACUGCAAUGUUAACACUGCUAGAGGACUGUGUAUCACUAGUGUUUCCUCCAUCAGCAGCUGAGAGCCCAGAAAUGACCAAAGCACUUGAAAAACUUCUCUUGCCAAACAAGAGGCUGAGUGUAGAACUGGUGGAAGAUGCCAGACUAGAGCGGAGCAUAGCACCAGCUCUCUCCUGUAUAGUGAGUUGACCCAGGGCAGGGAUGGCAGGCGUAUGGGAGAACACAGAGGUUGCUGAAUUGUGGAAGGAAAGCUGGCUGCCAGAAAGCCCCUGGGCAAUUUCAUGAGCAGAAGUGGAAGUUUGGAUGAAGGGAUGGUGACUUUCUAAAAUUGGACCAGAAUGACUUGAACGAGGAGGUCUUUGAUUUAGAGCAGCAUGUGUCUGAACAGACUGGCUCCUGAAUUUUCUUCUUCCUUUAAAACAGAAAGAGAGAAAAUUAUUUUGGAAAAUUACAUCUUCAGUAAUCAUCUUUAAGUCAUGUACCAUCUAUCCAAUUAGUACAUAGUGCUAGACAGAUGCAAGGAUGACUAUUUAAUAAAAAUGUGUUUAUCUUGAAAUUCCAUAGAGCUUCAGGGAUUUAGAAAAUAAUACAUGUAUUGGUAAUCUAGUUGAUUUCCAGGUGGCAUCAUUCAAUUACUCAUCCCUCCAAGUGCAGGUUUAUGGACGCACGCCCUUAUUUUCAUAACUGAUCCACUGAUUUCAGUGUGACUCACUUCAAAGUAAAUAUUCUAGCUUGUAAUGGUUUUAAUUUUAUUGAUGGCUUAAAUCUAUUGUUAACUCUUGUACAAGAUGAAUUUUUAGCUAUGUUUAACUGUUAUUAAGAACUUUGUGUCCUGAUAUAAAUAAAUAUAACAACAACAGCAAAAUUGUGUGCUUGAACCCAUUGUUUCUGAUGAAGAGAAAGUUGCAUAAAUAUAAGUCUUCCUCUAACUUAACUAUCCUGUAAUUGAACGAAUCUAACAGCAAUGACCUUUCUUUGGACAAAAGAUACUGAAAUAAAUGGACUCACGUAACUGCA